AAGUCACGUGCUUGUCCCGUGAUCAAAUGCGGAAGUGUUGAAAAUAUCCAUAGCGACGACAGCUCACCCUCUGUCUAUUCCAUAUACAUUUUCUUGUUGUAUUUGCUGUAUUUCUCAGAGAAAUGGAAGGAUAUGCCAAAACACCUCUUAGCAACACGUAUGCUGGUGCCCCAGAUUUCAGAGGGAAUGACAGUUCUCUGGUGUCUGCUCUGAAAACUCUUCUCUUCUUCACCAUCCUGAUGGUCACCCUGCCCAUAGGACUGUACUUCGCAUCAAAGGCAUACAUCUUUGAAGGUUCCCUACAGAUGUCUAACUCAGACAGUUAUUUCUAUGCUGCCAUCGUAGCUGUGCUGGCCGUACAUGUGGUCCUGGCUCUGUUUGUCUACGUGGCCUGGAACGAGGGAUCCACCAAGGACAAGGGAAAACACGACUAACCCUUAACCUGGCCCUGCUGCUGGCCCAGAGAAAGCAUGGACCAAGGGAUGGAGGCCCAGCCACUUCCAGCCCUCACUCCAGCCUGGCUUCUCUCUAGCCCCCAGCCCAGCCUGGCUUCUCUCCAGCCCCCAGCCCAGCCUGGUUUCUCUCCAGCCCCCAGCCCAGCCUGGCUUCUCUCCAGCCCAACAUCUCGCAGCCUGCCAGCCAUGGAGGGGUUCCAAAGUCCAUCUGCUGGUGGUGCGAGAGAAUAAUGUAUUGGGUGUUUAUGUGAGCUUCUCCUAGCUCCGUGUAUUUUGUAACAGACUGAACACCGUCCCUGCCAUAAACUGGGCCCCGGCCAGAGACGGCUGUGAAAUGCCAGUUCACAACUGGAGCGCGCAUGAAGGAAUGUAUUGUCUGCUUCCAACCCUAUUCCCUAUUUAAUGCACUACGUUUGACCAGGGCCCCCCCCCCGGUAAGGCUGUUUGACCAGGGCCCCCCCAAUAAGGCUGUUUGACCAGGGCCCCCCCCCCAAU